GUUGUGUAUCGUUGUUGUGACUCGUGAGUAAAUUCUUCUGCUCAACUUUUCAAAAACAACGUAAGUAAAAUGGAUAGAGUUAAAUGGAUACAACGGAUAAGAAGUUUGUGUGCUCGCGCCUGGUAAAAAUGGAAUAGUCAACGGGUUUCAAAUCAAGAUUCUGAUACAUUUGAAAACUGAUGUCAUGUUUCCGCUGGUAACGGACAAUUUAUUUGCUAUCAGAAGCAAUGAAGAAAGCAGACUAUUUGGCUUUCCCGGCAAUUGUUGGUACUACCGGUCAAUACAACAAUAUGAGGAAAAUGUGGGAUGGCCAACACUACAAAUACCAUAUAGACAGAAUGCAGAAAGCUAAACAAAUGAUCGACAAUAAAGCCCCCAGGACAUUUCUGCAUUGCCACCUGAAGAUGAAAAAAAUUCAGAUGGAGCAGGAGCGGCUGAUGGAGCUGGAGAGGGAUAACCGCCUCCUGGUCUCCAGGAUUGCCCGGACCAUGGGUACCAAGGGAGGCCUGGACAACUGGAACGAAUACCAGCCCAAACCAAGUGUGAAUGCAGACCUGCGAAACAGGGAGCUGGUGAAGAUUUCACUGGAGAACCAAGCCAUUCUAAAAAAGAUCAACAUGACUAAGUCAGUCUACGACCACAAGACAUGGCUCGCUGACUUCCAAGUCACAAGAGGUUAUGUGAACAGACUUUCGAAGUACCCCGAACAGGCCAUGCCAGCAAAGCAGAACAAGGUAGGUGGCAUUCUUCAGUUUACAUUUUAUUUGUCAUCUGAGCAGAAUACACAAGGUAUUGUCCAUUCAACUAAAUGGUUAAUCUCCUUCCUUGCGCGAUAUCCAGUUAGUAAAUUAAGUCCCUACUUCAUAACAGCAACUCAAAGCAGACACAGUCGAUGGUCUACAUUCAUCUUCUGAAUCAUAUCCGAAGCUGUUCUGGUUCUUAUGACUCUUCUGAGAAGUCUAGACCCAAAUCCUUACACGCUUGGAUGUAUGAAGCUCACACCUGUUCAAGUUGCUAGAGCACAAUAAUGCAAGGCAACCAUAUUGGAUUACUAACCUCACAAACCCAGACAGUGAUGGGAAACUUUCACAGCCCUAUGUAGGAUCCAGGAGCUACCCCACUAUCAGGAUUUGAACCCUAGUCUCACAAUGAUGCACUGAACUGCAAGGCAGUGACUGAAUGGAUGCACCAUUCAGGAGCAACAACAGGCUAAUUUCUGAUAAAAGCGGAUGGUCCAGAGAGUAAAUGGUCAAAAAAAAAGUGCAUGUUGGGAGAGUUCUCCGGUUCAGUAUUGUUUAGUUUUAUUGACAUUGGUUCUCUUUAGUUAAUUAAAUAUUAGUUACUUCUAUUUUCUUUGAAUGGCCAUGACUGUUCUAAUCUCACACAGUACAGUCAGAAGAGGACUGACAAACCUUUGAAGCUCUGCUCCUCUCCAGGUUUCCUCUCUAUGAUAUGAAUACAUUAUUCCUAGCUAUUGGGCUUCUUUUAUUUUAUCUUUUAUUUUGCUUGUUGAGGUUUUGAGCUGUAUAAGCACCAUGCAACAACUGCCUAUCUGAAAAGGGCUUUAUAAAAACACUUGAUUUACAUGUUGUUUGCAAAGAUAGAGAAAAUGCCAUAAUUGCAACCAGGUCAACCAGC